AUGUCUUACCAUAAUGGCAUGCAUCAUAACAACAACAACAACGUUGUUGAAGACCAUGAAACUCUGACAUACCAAACCUAUCCGUGUGGAUACUAUGUCCAAAGUCCAUCCACCCUAUCCCAUGCCAACAGCGCAGACGUACGAAGCAAUAUCCCAAACGACGGCACUGAUUCAAGUUUCCACUCUCCAAACCGAUCCGAGACUCACCCGACAAACCAAACCCGUUUAGCGCUUUGCCGCUAUUCCUCCUCUCGAGGCUCCAACCACUCUUUCUUGCACCACAAGAAGAUUUCAUAUGACGGCACUGUCACUGAAAACGACGAUGAUCGCCACCUGAUAAUCGUCGAUGAUAAUGACAGUGUCGUCAGUGAUGGAGAUGAGAAAGGAUUGUUUGAUGAGUAUUAUUAUGGGAAAAAUCAAGGAGAGUGGAAGAGAUGCUUCUCCUACAAUUUUUCAGAUUCAUUUGCUUGGAUUUUGUUGCAAAUAACUUGGAGAGUUUUGGUGAGUUUUGGUUUGGCAUUGUUUGUGUUCUACAUUGCAACCAAACCUCCAUCACCCAAACUCUCCCUUGAGAUUGCAAGGAUUCAAGAUUUUAAAUUAGGGGAAGGAGUGGAUAGAACUGGAGUGACAACAAAGAUUUUGACAUGCAAUUGCUCAAUGAAUUUAAUCAUUGAGAAUAAAUCAAGAUUAUUUGGUCUUCACAUUCAUCCUCCAUUGAUGGAUAUGAAAUUUUCCAUCUUACCCUUUGCAUUUUCAAAUGGACCUGAGUUGUACGCAGAAAGUGGAUUAACAAUCUUUACAUUGCAAUUGGGGACAAAGAACAAGCCAAUGUAUGGUGCUGGAAGAAGCAUGGAGGAUAUGCUAGAUUCUGGAAAUGGAUUGCCAAUAGUGAUACAAGUAAAGUUGAGUUCAAGUUUUGAAAUGGUGCCAACACUUGUUAAGCUAAGGUUUCAUCACAGAGUGGAGUGUAUAGUGGUUCUUAAGAAAGCUUACAAUAAGAAGCAUCGAUCUCAAGUAUUUAAUAGCACUUGUAAAGUAACUUGA